AUGACUUUGAUGCUGCCUGGAGUACUUCAAGCGGAAUUCGCUGACCAAACUCUGGCUCUCUCAUACGUGGCCAACACGUACAUCCCCCUCCGCCACCAGUGGACCCAGUGCUUCAUCAGCGAGUAUGAGAAAUUCGAUGUACGCACAAACUCGCCCACCGGAACCGCUCAUAAAGACCUGAAGUCUUACAUCAUCACUGGCCACGCUGAUCUCUACACUGUCUUCGGAGCAAGCGACGAGAUGCUGGCCAACAGGGAAAAGGGGUACGUCGAGGCCACGGCUAUUAUAGAGUCUCGUACCCGCCGUGAGUAUCCUCGCCAGCCGUGGCUUGGUGACGUGACCAAGCAGGUGGGAUACAAGGCUCUGGAUCUCAUGGCUUACCAGCACCGCAUUGCCCUCACUGCAGAGCCGUCACCUGGUGGCGAGAACCCGCCCGAUCUCCAACCUUGCCGUGGGCGCUUUACGAACCAGCACAAACUGCCCUGCAGCUACAAGAUCCUCGAGAUCCUGAAGACGCCCGGACUUCGAUUGACGAAGUACGACAUCCAUCCACGUUGGGGACUCGAGCAGCCCCUGGUACGUCUAUCCAUCCUGCUUGCAGAGCACACACUAAUCUUUGACCUCAAAGAUGCCCUGAUGCGAAUCAAGGAUCCCCGUGUCGUCACCAGUCUGCCUGGGCGGCCACGCAAGCAGAAGAUCCCGAAUCCAACAUCCACACCCGCGAACAGCAUCCCGUCGAGCAGCCUCCCGUCGUCGAGCAGGCUUACUGCUCCGCCUCGCAAGGCCACUAACCCAGCCCCACGGCCAGUGAGGGCGGGCAUUCGUCGCAACCGUUCAGCAUUCGAGUAUGAUACAGAGGAUGAAUUGGCAGCCGAGCCACCGCAAGAGACUGCCCAGGACUGCAUUACGGUUGGAGGAGACGUCUCAACGUCGAAGAGACGCAGCGGACAUCGUGCUGGGCAGCCGUCGGCAUUCACGGCGCCGGGGAAUCUCGGAUCCGGUAAUUGA